AAUUAACCUUGACUGCUCACAGCUUGUUUGAUAUUAGCAUUUCUCCCUCACCUCUGCCAUUAUUUAAAUGCCCAGACAGAAUGAAAGUGAAACAGUGCUGGACUUUCUGCUAGGGAGCAAAUGGGCAAAGUUGCUGAAGGUCAUGAGCAGGAUUUCCUGUGGCACGGAGCUGCCCUCGGUUUCUGUGGAUCACGCCUGUGUUAUCCCACCUCACUGCAGAGAGGAUCGUUUCGGUUGGCACUGAGUGAUUAACAUCAACCUGUUUGGAAAACCCCUUGUUGAAAGACAAGAUUAAUAGAAAUAUGGAGUUAGACCCAAGGAGUGUGACCUCAGAACCAGCCUCUCCAACAAGCAGUGCAGGGGAGGAAAAGAUGGAGGUUGCUUCUGAACUGAGCAGCCCAACUUGGCAUAGCCGGGACAGUGGGCUCUUUGAAAGAGGUAUUAAAACAAUGCUAAGCAUCCGGAAAUCAAAACAAAGUCUGAACAAAGAGAAAGGGAAGGAAGGUACUGGCACUUGGAAAGGAAAACGACUUUCUUUGCGAUUCUCCAAGAGCUCCGAGGGGAACAAAACCACAGUCUCUAAUGGCACAGACGAGAUCGGUGAGAAGAUAGAAGCAGAGCUCAUUCAAGGAAAACCUCUUUCAGUAAUGGAAAUCAAUGAUCUUAUUCAGAAAAGGCAACUUUUGGAAGCAUUCGCAUGUAUCAAGUACUUGGAAGAUGAGACUAUAGCUGAACGGGAUGCUGAGAAAUACAAAGAUAACCUCCAGGAGCUUGUGAGGAAAUCCAAGGAUGUGGAUUUGCUUUAUAACUCCAUCGCGAACACAAUCCAGUCUAUCGUGGUGGGAACCCUGGAGCAUCCCACUGUAGAGGGUACCAUGCUGACCUCACUGGCCACUUUAAUUGCCCGUGAAGAAGCAGCUCAUCCUAACACAGGCAAUGCUGCUGGUCCUGGGUCAGACUUGCUUGGCACACCCAGAAAAUGGAGGGAGGAGUGGAGGGAAGCUAUCAAUGAGAGCGCUAGAAAAAGAGUCCUGAGGGUACCCAUGGCAUCAAAGGAAGAAGAGAGUUCUUGGCUUGAUCUCCACUUAGGUUUCCUCCAGAAACACCUGACCGAAGACUUACUGAAAAUCAAGUUAUCAGUAAAAAAGUGCUAUCCAGAGGACUACCAGGUGUGUGACACGUAUGUGGAGGCUUUUCACAAGGCCAUUGCCUCACACUUGCAAGAUAUCUCCCAGAGACCGCUGGAAUUCAAUGAGCUUUACACCUUGCUCGACUGGGUGGCCAACACCUACCACAGUGAACUCUUUCUGGGUCACCCGGAUCUCAAACCAGAAGUUAAGACAGAAAAUCUGUCCCUGCUGUUAACACCAGCUGAUUGGGAUAAACUGAAGAACGACUACAUCACUUCUGCAAAGGGGAAAAUCAAAAGCUAUUUUGGAAACAUCCUGAGACUGGAGGUCACAGAGAAGUGGGAGAAGGAAGUUCAUCCAGAAGUGAAGGAAAACCUCUACCACUCCUCAUUCUCCUUUGAUAUUCAAACGAUCAUCGGAGAGCACAUGAAGAUAUCUGGAGCGAUCAGCAGAAGCCUGGAAACGAAAACGCUUGAGCUGUGCCUGGCAGAGCUGCAUGAAUUCAUACCAAGGUUCGGGGAGGAGUUCGUGGCAUGGAGCACUGCUCAGGACAGCCCCAUCUUUGCACCCUAUUUUGCUGCCUACAUCAACAGCUUCCACGACCUGGUGCUGGGGCUAGAAACAGUAUUUAAAGUCAAGACUGAGGAACUGCAGAAGAUUUUGGCAACUCUAAAAGAGAACUUAAGGAAAAUUUUUUUAAAUAAAUUAAGAAUAAAAACACAGCCACUCCUUAAGAAAAUCCUGACCAAUAACUGGAUUUCAGCGACGGAAAGGCCAGACUCGCUGGCAUCGGCAGUCUCACAGUUCUCCAAGCACCUGCAGCACAUGAGAGAGCCCAUGGGGCAGGAGCUUCUACGUCAUGUUCAUAAGUACAUGGUGAGGGAAUACAUCAUGCAGGUCAUCAAAUCCAGACGGAAAAUGAACAGGGAGACACGGCAGCAAGUGAGCAAAAAGAUGAACCAGGAAGCCAGAAUCCUUAAUAAUACGCUCAUUGAUCAGGGCUCUGACUCCGACUGGCUCCUUCCCGCCAUACACCACAUUGCCAAUAUCAUUGGGGAGAAGAAGAAAGACAAUAUCAAGGAGUACAUCAAGGAGCUGUGUCAGGAUUAUCCAGAUAUCAGGAAGGAGCACAUCCUGGCAGUCCUCGCGCUCCGGGGACUGUGGUGCACCACGAGAGCGGCAAUUUUUCGGCAAUGUCAUCAUGUGCUGGAGAGCCCUGAUGGUGGAGAGGGCAGCACACUCUUUGCUGAAAUGGAUGCCCCAGUGAUCAUCAGCUGCCUCUGAAACAGAACCAAAUCAGCAGUCAGCAUCCUCCCUCCUCCUACGCUGCGUCUAUGGCAUGAUCCAAGAUCUGCUACCCUGCCUCGCUCCUCUGCAAACACAACUUUUUCACUGCUGUGGUAAAAGGAGUAGUUUUCUGAACUUGCUACCCCAAGUUCAAAAACCAAAGGCAACAGACAUGCCAAGACACUGACCUCCUGCAAGAGCUCCUGGGCAGCAACUCCAGCCCAGGCACUGCGUCCACCCCAUGUUCAAUACACAUUUUACGGCUAGGCAGCUGCUCUGGUGUUUGGUCCAAGAUUGAGUCUCUUUUCAGAGAACAGGAGAAAACCAAAAGGAGUUGACUCAGAGCUAUAUUAAGGCUUGGACUGUGCAUUGCAUAAUUUUGCAGCAGCAGAGCAAGAGUCUCCUUCGUAAUUAGUGUCCCUGAGCAACCGAGGGGCAGAGCUUGGGCAGGGAUGUGGUAGCACCCAAGACUUACUUCCUCCCCUGUGAACCAGCUGGCCAAACUGGCAUGACACAGAGUUGGUGAUGCUGUGACUUGAUGCCACAGACCACUACCUGCCUGAGGAGGAAAGCCUUGGGGGGUAACCAAACCCCACAGCCAGGACAUGCAGCUCAUGGACCACUCUGCACUCCAGGAGGGGCCCUGUGGCCCUUCUGGUGUUUCAGCAGAUUUUCCUCACUCACAGUCGGCCUUGCAAAGCUCAUGUUGGACUGAAGACCUAUUCAUGCCAUCACACCCUCUCUGUGUGGGCAGACAUGUCUGGAUCAGACGUGCCAUGUGGGGGGAGGCUCCAGGUCUUCCUUGCCGCAGGGAAAAGGGCCACCAUGCCCCUAGACCAUUUUCUUGUAUGUUCAAACAUGUUUUAACAAAUCUGGUACAAUCUGACUGCAGUAUGAAACCUAAUGUGAUGUGGACAGGCAUAGCACUACAGAUCAGAUGCUCAUCUGGUGUAAACCAGCAUCACCCCAUCGGUGGGCAUGGGCCACCACCAGUAGAACUCCGUGAGGGAGCUAAAGCAUUACAUCCAGCAUCUGCAGAGGAAACUAAAAGAGACAUCCAGCAGCCUACAGCCAUACAAAUCUGAUUUUAUUUAAUCCAAUUUAUCCUUUCGGUUGUCCUCCACAGGAAUUAAUCCAAGACUCUGUACAGAGACAUGUUUACGAUUGAUCAAUUAAUGUGAUAGAUGUGGACAUGGCAGAGCCUUGAACAUUAAUUUGUCUGUGGCAGAGCUUAGAGCAUCAGCAGUGAGCCUCUUCUGUUUCCCUUGCUCCAGUUUGCACCAGUAUAAAUUUCAGCCCAUGUGAGCAGCAGGCGCUGGUGACAGGCCAAGGGAGCUGCUCUGAUGGAUACGAAAUACAGAGUGCACCUUUAAUUUGCAAUCAUCAUAUGAAAAAUUUUCUAAGGUAGAUUUUCUACCUCCACAGUCAAGAUGAGGUGCUUUUCUAAAGAUGGUUUUGAAAAAUUAGGUGUAAAUUCAGAGCUUGAGGUAGGAAAUCCUGAGAGGAAUUUUCUGCCCUGCAUCAUUCUUCUAUAUAGCUCACGACUAUUCCUGCAAAUCCUUGGCUUGGUGACUCUCUGUAUUUGCUAUGGAGAAGCAGAAGUAAAACAUCAUCUGCAUCUCCCGUUAUGUGUGCAGAGCUCAGGAACACUUUGGAGCUUCCCUUCCCUGUCCUGGGGACAUGGUGCAAGCAGGGAGCCCUGGAUUAAACCCCCCAUGAGUGUGUGAGCUACAUCCCCCGUCCCAGCAGAGAGGAAGGGCAUCAGCACUGAGAGAUUUACAUUUGAUGUUGACUAAGUGGGGGAGAUAAAAAGGGGAUUUCAAGUUUUGCAUCCUCAGUCUGAGACAUCUAAGACUGGAUUUUCAGACAAGUGCAGGAUUUGAGGCACUAAAGCCUCAGCGGGAGUUUUUGUGCAUCAGAAAUUUCCCUCUGCCCUGUGUGCACCUCUGAUCCAAGCACCUCAUGCAAGGCAUCUGCAGCACAGAAAUUUUCCCAAGUGCAUUAAAUGUAUACUGGGUUUUCAAUCUUAUUAUUUUACCGGCGGUCCCUCCACAGAGCAGCUGCCUUUCCUCAGGCUCCAGCCACCUGGCCCUGGGAUUAGAUAAGGUGUUCGGCUUCUGUUUUCUAAUGAAAGCAAGUUGCUACCCUGAAGUCAUGGAAGAAAGCUGGGCAUGAUGACCUGCCUUUUGUCACAGCCUCUCCUGGGACACUUGGAUCCUGCAGCCUGGCAUCCUGUGAUCCAGGGGCCGGAGCACAGCCUGCUUCCUGCGGGAGCUGCUGCUCUCCCGCUGCUUGCUCUUGAGCAAACCAGUUUAAGGUUAACCCCAUUAGGGCGAGACUAUGGUUCAGUCCCUGUCCUGCCCCAACAGCUACGCAAGCAGAGGGAGCUCCAGGGUGGGUGGGGAGCAGGGGUCCCCGUGCCGAGCAGGAGGAUGCUCGUCCUGGGCUGCGAGAGCAGAUCCUGGAGACACCUGAGCAAGGAGAUAGAAAGGGCUGUGCUCUCCGAAAUGAGCUGCUGCUGUCCAGCUGUCUUCUGUCAAACACCCGGUGUUCAUUAGGACCAUAUUUCACAUUCCAAUAAAAGAGGAGAAAGGCCUCCCAGGGAUUUUGUUGUGGAAUAUGUUGCUUUUGUAGGAGAGUGCCAAGGAGCUCACUUAUUACCCUGUUAACUCCCUCUGUUGUGUCCACUGUCAGCCCUAUUGCUGCCCCAGCCCACAGUUACAUUCCCCACUGGAAGACACAGCUGGCUUUUACCCUGGAGGGACCAAGUUACCAUGUGCAGAUACAUCCUCCGGUGAAUAAGGCUUCCUUAAAAGUAUCCGACUAAAUGGAGGAGCCAAGCUCUCGACAGAUUUAGCUUCUCAGGGGUGAACGCUGCAUUUCAGCGGGGGGGGGGUGGGGGGGAUCUGGUACAGCUCACAGCACUGUGUGGGUGGUGACAGAUAUUUUUUGUUUGUUUCAGAGGUCUCUGCUGUUUCACAAUACUGUUUGUUUCUGGUUUGGGGUGAAAAGCAGCGUUUCCAGUACUCUCUGUCCAAGGGAACAGUGCCUGCAGCCAGGGUGGCCCGUGGGCUGCAGUUUGCCAUCCGAGACCGGCUUUUGGGUGCCAUCAUUUCAGCAAUUUUGCUCGGUGAAAUUGCCCUUUCUUGGAAGGGAUAUGCAAAACAGGCUCACUCCAAGCAAGAAAGGAACAAUACCAAGACACUGCAGUGAAAGCACAGGAGGCUGUCCCUGAGCUGAGGAUUCUAAUCAAGCGGUCAGAAUAUUCCAGAAAAAGCCUUUUAAUCCAGCAGCACUAUAAUGUUUAGCUCCCUGCCGUGAGGUAUCUUUCAGCAAAGAGCUCUCCAUUGGGUUAAAAUAUUAAGGAUAUUCAGUAAGAAGUGGGUUGCAAUAUUACAUCCACUUUACGAGCUGGGCAAUGUGGCCUGACACCACCCAGCAAACACGGCUGGAAAGAAAAGAGGUGUCAGGAUGUUAUUAUCUCAGAGGUGGCUGAAAAGUAAAGCUGUAUUAGUUUUAGGCUUAACUACUUUAGUAAUUACAUACCACAGGUCUCCAACGUACAGGUGUUUAGCAAACAUUUCUCUUCUGUAUUUUGCAUAUAUCUCCAUGAAAUCUUGCUGUGGUUGGAUUUAACUGCCCCAAAGCCAGAUGUUUCAGUUCUCCGGGCACUGGGCAGAUACAGGAGUGCUCUGCUCAGCAUCACUGUGCACUUCCAUCCCUAAAGGACAUUUUUAUGUAAUACUGCCAAUGAUGACAUAACAUUAGCACUGGGAUUGGCCCACCUCUCCCAUAAAACCCAUGCAAGAGAUCAGUCAGAUUGCUGGAGCAUUUGUUGAACAUAGCAUGUUUAAACUAUUACAAAAAUAAGGCAGUAUUGGGAAAAGGUAAAGACUGAUGUAAAUUAAUGUGUGGCAAAAAUGGAUUAAGAUUAACUUUUAAAGAACUACAAGAACUUCCUCUAGUCCCACAGCCACAUAACUAUUUGCCUGAGAGCACUGAGCAAACUUGAACUUUGCUUCCCUGUAUUCAUCCCUGUCACCCACAGCACUGCAAGUAGUCUCUAAUACUCGUCCACUCUAAUACUCUUCAUUUAUAUUUGUAAAUUCCUAUCAAGUUGUAUUGGGUCUGGCUGAGAUGGAGUUAAUGCUCCCCAGAGCAGCCCUCACAGUGCUGUGCUGUGUAUUGGUAGCUAGCAAGGUGUUGGUAACACACCAGGGUUUGGUACUACUGAGCAGUGCUGGCACACAUCAAGGCUGUCUCUACAACAUUUCUUCCCCCAUCUCAGCAGCAGGCUGGGGGUGGGCAAGAUCUUGGGAGGGGACAAAGACAGAACAGCUGACCCAAACUGACCAAAGGGAUAUUCCAUACCAUAUGACGUCUGCU